AUGAACCUGAGCCACGAUCUUGCCCUCGCUUUUUCCCAGAUUGAGGUGCUCGAAGGAGAGCUCGGCUUGGCUGAUCAAGAGAUCAGGUUGUUGAGAGAGGAGAACGCGAUGUUGCGAGAGAAUAACACGACGCUGAAGGACUGCCUGGACGGCCGAGACGAUGCUGAGCGCGAGGUGAUAUCGGAAAUGGAAAGCCGUCUUGAACAUCUACAUGAGGAGUUACAGGGCCUAGAUGCCAUUCUGCAAGCAGUCAUGGAUGCUAUGGGCGUGACAGACGGCAAUGAGUCGUCUGGAGUCUACUUUGAGGGGGACUGGGAAGACAUGGCGAGGUUGUGGCGGGAAGGUCAAGAUGAAGGGAAUGCAAAUCAUGCAAGGAGCGAUCGGGCACCUGUGGGUCGGCAACCAGCGGAUGCCAGGCUUCCGCACGAGUUAAUGACUGAUACAGACGCUUCUGACCCGUCACGCCACUUCGAGCGCAGCAAUGCGCCUAGCCCGGAAGGAAGACGUUCACAGCAAGCUUGUCCAGAUACAUUGCGACAGAUCGAAACGGAAAUGGCUAUCCUCCGACUCCAGGACCGUAUGGAAGGAACCGAGGCUGGAAUGAGAGCCUUGACCAGCCGAUACGAUGCGCAAGAUCAAUGGCACGACUUGCUAGUUGAAAUUUUGCAUGGACAAGAGAUGAUCUUUGAGGACAUACUCAGUACUAUCUACGAGGCGCAAGAUGAGUAUGACGAUGACGACGACGACGACGGGCCAUACUGUACGUGCGGUGAGCAUGGAGAUGACCUUAAUGCUGGAGAUAUGAAUGCGACAUUAAGAGGCGGAAUGGGUGGGAGAGACGAAGACGAGGAAUUCGUGUAUGAUUAUGGUGGGUACACGAACUGGGAUCAGAUGGACGCUUCGUCGCAAGAGGAGGGUAUGAAUGGAAGCCAGAGUAGUGGUCGCGAUAAAGAGAUCAUCCGAGAAUUGCGACAGCAGGUUGAGCGCUUGAAAGAGCAGGUGCGUACGCUUGUGGAGACGGCGCAACAGGACAGUCUUUCUCGAUCGAGAGACCGCCAAGAGGAGAAAGAAGAUGAACCAAGUCUGCGUGGUGGAAGUGGAGAAGAGGAGAUUGAUCACAAUGGCAGUCGCGAGCAUAUCGAUACCAGCAGCGUCCCUACUCUCAUCCCAGCCUCACCACACUUGCUCUGUCAGCGAGCCGCAACUCGGGUCGGCGAUUCCACCAUCCACUAUAUCCUCGUAUACCUACCUCCAGGUUUCGUCAUUCCCGGAACCAACAAGCCCGAGCUUGUUUUCCACAGCGCUGCGACAAUCUACUAUUUCCCAACAGGAGCAACAGAAGACUUCGUAAAACGAGAAGCCUGGAAGCAAAAGGCUUGCGGAAACGGACACUGGCAAGAAGUCGCGAUUCACAAGAUACAGUCAAAGCAGGUGUUCAAGAGUGCGAUCGCAAGCUGGUGGGAGACCAUGGGACUAAGCUGGAAUGUCCUGACGGAUGGGGACUGGGACUUUGAUGGAGACGAAGGUGAUAUGUAUAUGGUCAACGACAACAACCUUUUUCUCACGAAUCGCACAAGAGAAGUAGCCGGCGCGCAAAUCCGGGGCGGAAGUGGCUACGAAAACGACCCAUCAUCCGCGAACGAGAGCUCAGCGAACAAUUCUAGCAGCAUAUUUGAGCAGCUCAUGCAAGAGGCCGCGACAUUAUGUGUGGGCCCUCCAACCUCUCAACGUGGAGAUUUUUGGAUGACUUUGGCCAAUGUACUACAAACACGCAACUGCUUUCUCGAACGGGAACUCGAGAACUUCGAGGAGCUAAACCAGAGUCUCAUGCAGGAUCUACAUUGGCAGAUGGAUGUACAAGUAGAGAUGGAAGAGCGGCUUGAGGCCGCACUGGCAGAAAAGGACGCAAUCGCUGAAGACCUGGAGGUUCUCAAGACCCGCUUGAUGCAUUUAAUCGAGAGUACUACAUCUCGUACGGUAUGCACGGAUGAUAAAGAAGACUUGGUUUUGACUGACGAAAUCCGUGUGGAAUCGCCAGGCCUAGGAACGAUGCGAGGCGGAAACGAAGAUCCAUCAUCACCAGCGACAUCUACGAAGGACACGACUCCACGAGCAUUCCUCUCCGACCCUUCCCGUACGUGUGCCAUUAUCACAGCGAAGUCUUUCGACUUCUAUCCGAGACAAUCCACCAUAGUCUUUGCUGGUGCCUCUCCACACCUAUACCAGUUUCCUCACAGGUCGACACUGCCUGAAAUCUGUCGCAUCCUUGAAAUCGAUGACGGGGAACAAUCGCUCGCCGACGAUCCAUAUAUCGCGCGCGUCUUGGAGAUCAUGAAGAUCCGUGAAGAGAUGGGUAUAGAGUUGCCCGAGAACGUCAGCGAUGAGCGUGUCACUAUCAGCAUAUGCGAUGUUCCCAGUGAUUGUCACUUGGAUCGCGAAACAAAGAUAGCUACAUGGGAGGUGCAUGAGGAAGAUGUGGACGUUCUCGGGAAGCUACUGACGAAGCUGGAGAUCGAUGUAAAUACAUCGAAGUCGUCUACCAGUGCCUCGGUCAGGACCGCAUCGAGCGAACAAGAGCACGACUACUAUCAAGAUGUUGGCGAUUUGGUCAAUUCGCUCAAUGACGCAGUCGAAGACGAGCUUGAAGCCAGCUUGCCGAAGUCCUGCACGUGUCGGGUACAUCCUGUAAAUGAUAGUGAGAGCUUCUCUGAGAUGAAAGAGGUAAAGGAACCAUGUUUGUUAUCCGUUCGUGGCGGUGGUAGCGAUUCUGAGUACUGGAACCAUGAUGCACACGGCAACCGAGAGUUCCCGCUACAAAAUCCCAAGUUGCCUGCUGCACCAGGUAUCCCACCUAUCACUCCAAAAUCCUAUGGUACGCUGGCACCAAAUACUCCUAGCUUAAGUUCAAACGAGGCGAUCAUUACGGCAAAAAGUCCUUUGAGCAUAAGACUGGGCCGCCUUAUGUUCCCUGUCAAGUUCGUUCAACGGCACGAGGAUAGCAUCAGCCGCUUUGACUGGCAACAUACUAAGCGACUGAAUCCUCAGUUCAGAGACAAGCGCUCCAGAAGUUACAAGUAUACAAGAGGUGCUCAAUGCGAAGUCUGGGCUAUGCAGCUGGACGAACACCGAGAGCACUGCGACUAUUGUCAAGCAAUGUUCAUUGAGGAAGACUACGCUAGAAGCAAUGCAACAUCUACUUUUGAAGACGUCACUUCUAAGCCGCCAAUAGGAGCUAGGAGAUCUUCGGAAAACACCAUCUGGCCUGGAAUCCGCAAUGAAACAACCCUCCGCGCUGGUGACCACACAGACUCCGGCUUGAGGGGCGGUGCCGGUAAUGAAAGAGAUCUGGAACAUGAAGGCGAGGAAAACGAGGACUGGCGAUCCGAGUGGGAAGAUCUAGCUAGCCAAACUCAAUUCUCGGGUUAUCAGCCUCGCACGUUUCGCAACUCCAGCACGCUUUCCACAAAGACAACGACUUCACCCCCUUCGCCCGUUGACCGCAACUUCCGAAAAGAUCGCUGGCCCCAGUCAUGGGAUGUUUGUACCGCCGAAGAGUUCCUAAGGACGGAACAUAGGAAUGUAGAUCGCCGCGAAGUCCGUGCAGUACCGAGACCAAAACUGGGCGAGAGACUGUGUAAGAAAUGUGCAGAGCUCUUGAAUUUGCUCGCUAAGUAUAUUGCGAAGUUAAGUCAGCGACUGACGGCCAGGACGUCAAAGAGACCAAUGAACACACCUAGAGUUCCUCGUGACGAGACUUUAGGUUCGAGAGCGAAGCCCAAAAGGAAGCCAAAGAAGCGUAUUUCAAAACUAGCCUUUCAGACACCAGCAGCGCCAGCGCCCUCAAGACUGGGCUGGGAAGCCUGGUACGUGAACCGCCGGCUUCCUUACCUACCAUUAGACAAGUCACUUCCGGUCACACCUCGCGCAUCGAUGUCAACUCUCACCAAGUCCUUUGAAUCGAAAGGGAAGUUUCCUGCAACGCCUCGGGAUUCCUUCUCACGCAUCGACUGCGCGCGCAUCAUCGCUCAGGCACAGGAUAGUGCACAUGCAAACUUUGUGAGCCAAGGAGCGGACCAAUGGCAUGUGCCAACAGUUGCUGGGCCAUCAGACCUGGUGAAGGAAGCGCUCAUGUGGUUGGAUUAUGAAGAUAAGUCGGGGAAGAUAGGAAAGACCGUUUUUGAUGGAAACAUGGUAGACGAAACUGAGUACGAUUAUUCCCGUAACGCCAAGCUGGCAGUAGUGUAG